AAUAAAUAUACAACUAAAAUAAAAAAUUUAUAUCAAACAUUAAACACAUAUAAAAAAAAUUAAAUCUUAGAAAUUAAUAUCCGUGAUAUAUAAAAAAUAAAUGAGUCAAUUUGAUAUGUUGCUUGCUUGGAAGAAAAUGGGUGAAGGAUAAUGGAGAGGCACCAAAUAAAAAAUAAAUAAACGAAAAUUCUUCCCUUGAAAACUUCUAAAGGUGCGAAAAACAGAUGAGUUAAAUUGAUAUGGUGUUUCGAGGAAAAUGGGUAGCUAGUUGACAUAUUGACCUAGUGGGCAGCAUUAUAUAUGAAAGCCUUUCCUGCAAUCUGCAAUCUGAGAGAUCGAUACUGAGAAAAGCAGAAGAAGAGAAGGGGUAGUAGAAGAUUUGACAAAAGAAGAGAAAUGGCAGCAGCAGAUGGUGCAGUGAGUUUCCUUCUCCAAAAAUUCGAUACCCUCAUAGCUAGAGAAUGGAACCUUUUCAGUGGGAUAAAAACUGAAGUUGGUGGAUUGAAAAAUGAGUUUGAGAUGAUGAGAGCAAUCCUGAAAGAAGCUGAUGAUGCAAAAAGAGAAAGCAACGAACAAGUGAGAGUUUGGAUAAAACAAGUGAGGGAUUUAGCUUAUGACAUAGAGGAUAUUCUUGACAUGUAUGCUUUCCACACUUGUCAACAUUCUUCUUCUUCUUCUUCUUCUUCCUCUAGCAUUUACCCUAAAUUCCUUCGAUGGAAAAGAAGCCGUUCAAUUUCCAUUUUGGUUCAAGAUAAGAAGAAUAAACUCUCAGGAGUCAAAGAAAUGAGAGAAAGGUACCAACUUAUUGCAAGUUCACCUCAAGCCUCAAGUUCAUGUCAAGAAAAUUACAAACAUUUUCAGUAUCCUAGAGUGGCUUCUCUGUACACUGAUGAAGCUGACAUUGUAGGCAUUGAAGAACCAAGGGAUAAAUUGAUGGCAUGGGCAGUUAAUGGAGAAUCUAGUCUGAAGGUUGUCUUCUUGGUUGGAAUGGCUGGAUUGGGAAAGACACUUGUCGCCAAAAAGGUAUAUGAAGGAACAAAGAAAAGCUUUGAUUGUUGUGCCUGGAUUCCAAUUUCAGUGUCUCAAAAGAAAGAGGAGUUGCUGUGGACAAUACUGAAGCGGCUUUUUGAAUCUAAUGACGAGCCAAUACCUCGAGAGUAUUACACCAUCAGUAUAGUUCAAUUAAUGGACAAAAUGAGAAGUUUUCUUCAACACAGAAGGUACAUAGUUGUUUUUGAUGAUUUAUGGGACAAAGAUGUAUGGGAAUUCAUAAAAUAUGCUUUGCCAAACCGAAUCCAUAGUCGAGUGAUUAUCACUACGCGGAGAGGUGAUAUUGCUCACUUUUAUCAUCAUGAUUCUGUUGGUGUCUAUAACCUUCAGCCUUUGCCUCUGGAAAAGGCUCAAGAAUUGUUCUACAACAAGACUUUCCAAUCCAGUGGUGUAUGCCCUUCAGGUCUGAUUGAGUGGUCAGGGAAGUUCCUCAAGCAGUGUGAAGGAUUGCCUCUCGGAAUUGUUGCUAUAAGCAAUCUUUUGGCGAAUACUGAGAAAACAGCAGAUGCAUGGAGGAAACUACAUGACAGCCUUGGAUCAGAACUGGACAGCAAUGGUCAUCUUUCAAGCGUCACGAAUGUAAUAUCGCCAAGUUAUGAUGAUCUGCCAUAUUCUCUCAAGUAUUGUUUAUUGUACUUCAGUAUCUUUCCUGAAGAAUACUCAAUUAAGCGAAGAAAAUUGAUUCGUUUGUGGAUAUCUGAGGGGCUUGUCAAAGAAGUGAUGGGAAAAACACUUGAAGAGGUGGGGGAAGACUACCUUAAAGAGCUUAUUCAAAGAAGCCUUAUUGUCACUAAUGAAGUCGAUUUUGACGGACAGCCAAAAACUUGUCGUGUUCAUCAUCUCCUGCAUAAAAUCAUCUUCGCCAAGUCCCAAGAGGAAAAUUUCUGUGGCAUUUACAUACAACCUGGUGCAUAUUUGAAUGAGAAAGUUCGUCGACUAUCCAUCCAGCGAAGUUGCACAAAUAUGCUGCAUAUGAACUAUGCUCAUUGUCGCUCAUUCUUCAUGUCUGGGAUAGUAAUGCUGCCCCAAUACACUGCCGAAGCUAUCCUGUCAAGCUUUAGCAUAUUGAAAGUUCUUGAUUUGGAAGGUGCGCCUCUAGACAAGUUUCCUACUGUAAUUAGCAAUCUAACUUUAUUGAGGUAUCUGAGUUUCAGGAAUACGAGCAUCAAAAAGCUCCCAAGCUCCAUUGCAAGGCUUCAAAACUUGGAAGUUCUAGACCUUAAGCAAACCUGUGUUAUUGAAUUGCCAAGAAGGAUCAUUGAACUUGUUAAGCUGCGCCAUCUGCUUGUAUAUCGCUACAACCUGAAGAGUUAUGUUACUAUUGACUGUGCACAAGGAUUCAAGGUCUGUAAUGGGAUUAGGAGACUAGUAGCAUUACAAAAGUUGUCACUGAUAAAGGCAAAUGGAGAUAAUGGUAUAAUAAGUGAACUAGAGAAUCUGACACAGCUGCGGAAAUUGGGGGUCACCGGCUUAAAAGAACAAGAUGGUGGGUACUUAUGUCGCUCAAUUAUGAAUAUGAAAAAUCUCCAAUCACUAGAUUUAGCAUCAAUUCAUGAAAAUGAAUAUCUUGAUCUAAGUUUAAUUCAUGAUCCUCCUAUGCUCCUACAACGCCUAUACCUGAAAGGUCAGUUGCGGAACAUACCGGAUUGGAUAUGUUCUCUACACGACCUUGUCAGGAUACGUUUAAAAUGGUCAAAGUUGGAUUGCAGCCCCAUUGAUGCCCUCCAAGAUCUUCCAAAUCUGGUAGAACUGCAGUUGCUUGAUGCAUAUACUGGAAAAAAAUUGGUGUUUUAUGCUAGAAAAUUUCCAAGUCUGAAGAUACUAGAGCUAGAAAAAAUGGAGGCACUUGAGGAAGUAAGAAUUCGGAAAGGUAGCUUAGAUAACCUUGAAAAGUUAAUUAUAGGGCGAUGUGAAAAGAUAAAGAUUGUGCUUCAAGGGAUUGAUAGACUUCCUCACCUGAAGGAGUUGCAUUUAUAUGAGAUGCCAGAUAAAUUUCUGAAUGGGAUUGAAAAGAAUGGUGGGAAAUUUCGUCAGCUUGUCCAGCAUAUUCCUGUCAUUUAUUCUUUUACUCUUGACACAAAUGGGUACUGGAAGCCUAGAGAUCUUUCAUAACUCUAGUUCAAUUUGUUUGAUUAUCUGAAAUCAAGAUGCAGCUUGUAGCAUUGAUAUUCGUAUUUAGUAGUAUAUGCUACAAUCUUCAAAUUUUGCUGCUAUUAGAUAACUGAUAUUGUAAAUGGAUAAAUAACUGAUAAGUAUCGUGAGUGCUUUACACCAAUACAUACAAGUUCAGUUGCGACUGUGAUUGGAAUUAUGUUUAUGUCCUUGUUAACAAA